AUGGUGAUAGAACAUUUGGGUGCUAGAAAGAAGCAGAUAGAGAUUGAUUAUAUAGGCCUCCCUGCAAAAGUUUGUACAAAGUGUAUGUGGAUAGGUCAUCAUGUAGAUUAUGAUUGUAAGAAUGUGUCUCCUACAGUUCCAGUAGUGGUGGGUACAAAGCAGGAAGCUAAGGGAUAUUUGGAAUUAAAUAAAAAUAGAGCCAGAAAUUGGAAAAAAACUGAUCAAACCUGUACUGAAUUUGGUUAUGGAUGGUUACUGGUGGAAUAUAAGGAUUUGGGUAGAGUUUCGGCUGCUGAGAUGAUGACUAAUGUUCUUACUGUUAAUGAAGGGGAUGUUCCUUUAAACCCAAGUCCAAUAGCAGCUGCUGAAGAUAUUCUUAAUGAAGACACCGUGGUUUCUGAUAAAGUUAAAGACCUGAAGAUUGUAGAAGGAAUUUCAAGUACCAAAAGCUCUGUUCCGCAAAUAGGUUUCAUGGAUUUAGGUUUUCAAGGUGAUCCAUUUACUUGGUCCAACCAAAAAGAAGGAGAAGCAAACAUUAGGGAAAAGAUUGAUCGGGAUUUAGCUAACGUCAACUGGUUUGAGGCUUUCCCUGAUGCCACUGUUUACCAUUUAGCUAGAAUAGCUGAUCAUAAUCCUUUACUAAUUGAGCUUGAUCCUCGUAAGAUAGGAGGGAGUAGACCUUACAAGUACUUUAGAGGUUUAACAGAAGAUUUCAGGUACUGGAACAAGAAUAUUUUCAAGAAUAAGGAAGACACUAUUAUGAAAAUAGAUAAGGAGAAUGCUAAACCUAGCCAUUUAGUGUCUAGAAAAAGAUUAAAAUCCUUGGAAAAUGAUCUAGAAACAUUAAAUAAGAUAGAGAACAUAUAUUGGUUGGAGAAUAGUAGGGAUAAAAUUUUCAAAGAGCAUGAUAAAUGUACUAGGUAUUUUCAUGUUGUUGCCUCUAAUAGGAAAAGGAAUAGUUCAAUUUAUUCGCUUCGGGAUGAGUCUGGAUUAUGGAUAGAGAAAAAGGACCAAUUAGAUAAUAUCCUUAGAAAUCAUUUUUCUAAAAUCAGUACAUCUUUGGGUGGUCAAAUUAAUGAUGUUUUUAACAACAUCAUUAGUGAAGUGAUUACGGAAGAGGAAAAUCAAGCUUUAGUUAAAAUGCCUGAUGUGGAAGAGAUUAAAAAUGUGUUGUGUAGCAUGAACCCUUGGGAAUCUCCGGGUCCUGCUGGGUAUCCACCUGGGUUUUUCAGACCCAUUGGAACAUGGUUGAAUCAGAUGGUUCAUUAA